UUAGAGCUUUCCGAUUUUGCAGUUGGUUGUUGUUUACGACUAGGCUACGUGUCAGAAAUUGUCUCAGAUUAUUUUUCUUUAUUUGCAGAAGCUUUGUAGCAGUUUUUGUUAUGGCAUUUGGUACAAUAAAGAAAGUUGCUCUAGUACUAGUGGUACUAUGGAUUGGAACUUUAUGUUAUCUCUGGUUCCCAAAUGUAUUACCUGAUCUUGUUAAAUCUAAAUUGACAAAUAAAUUAUCAUUAGAGUCAGAUCAUUAUCAUGGUAAUAUCAAGUUUCGACAUGUUGCUGCCAAGUUGAAUGAAUCAAAGGAAGUUAUACAUAUUUGUAUUACAUCUGAUGAACAUACUAUAGGUGGUAUGAUAGCUUUAAUCAACAGUAUUGUAUCUAAUACUAAAUCAGAUCUGAUGUUUCAUUUAGUAACUGAUGAAACAAGUAUGGAUCAACUAGGGAUAUGGAUACAAAAGUCCAAACUCAGUACAAUUAAUUAUGAAAUAAAGAAAUUUCCAGCGAAUUGGGUGGAGGGAAAAAUUAACGUUAGAGGUAGCAGAAAGGAAUUGGGUCGUCCAUUAAAUUAUGCCAGAUAUUACUUACCUAAGUUAUUCCCGAAUUUAAAUGGUAAAAUAAUAUUUAUUGAUGAUGAUUGCAUAGUACAAGGUGACAUAUCUGAAUUAUAUCAAACCAAAGUAAAUCCCGGCCAUCUUGCCGCCUUCUCUGAAGAUUGUACUGGUACUGCUAAACGACUCACUUAUAUGAAGAAUAUAUAUGCUGAUUAUAUAGAUGUUAAAAGUAAACAUGUCCAGUUAAUGAAGAUCGAUCCACAAGAAUGUGCAUUUAAUACAGGUUUAUUUCUAACUAAUAUAACGGAAUGGAGACUACACAAUAUUACACAACAGUUAGAAUAUUGGAUGCAACUUAACACAAAAGAAGAAGUAUAUGGUAAUGAACGAGGUGGUGGAGGAUCACAACCUCCUAUGAUGCUUGUAUUCUACAAGAAAUUUUCCAAAAUUCCUGCUAUGUGGCAUGUCAGAUAUUUAGGCUGGACACCAGGAACCAGUUACACUACACAGUUUUUACGAAGUGCUAAACUUCUUCAUUGGAAUGGACGUUUUAAACCAUGGGGACGAACAUCACAACAUUCAGAAAUUUGGGAUAAAUAUUUUAUUGCAGAUCCCUCUGACAGAUUUCUCCCUGUUCGCAAAGGCAUUGUUUAGAUAUUAUUUGCAUAAUCAUACACUGUUGACCAACUGCUAUCUUGUUUUCUUAAGCUAAAGUGAAUUAAGUUUCAGUAUUAAGUUAUUUGAGGAUUUUUGUACAGGCAUUUUAAAACUUGCUUAAUAAUACAGAAUGACCCUUUUGAUUUGGUUAAAUCCAGAUAUAACUAGGGUACAAUUCAACAUCAGUUAAUUAACUGUUCUGUGAUCAAAAAUGAAUUGUGUAAGACCUACCAUUCAUCUACUGGUAUCUUAAAAAGGGGGGUGGGUGGCCAAAUGGUUUAACGCGUGCGCAUUACAUGGUAAGAUCUGUCAUUGAGUCAAGUGGCAUGGUUUCGAUUCCCCCUUUGUACGUGACAAGGAAAAGGGUCGCCUGUCCAACCUUGUGUAUUUUAUCUGGUCCUCUGGGCCCUUAAGAAAUACUGCAAUUCGAUUGGCUGACCAGUAAAAUCAAUUUGCAUAUAUCCAAUGAAGUGGCAGUAUUUCUUAAAAUUUCGGUUGUAACUUAGUUUAAGUUUUCGUGAAUAAGGGCCCUGGUCCCACCCACACACCCACUGCUAAAGACCCCUACGUGCAUGCAAACUAUCAAAAUAAUAUUGAAACAUAUGUUCAUCCCGAAAUGACCUAGUUUGUGUCAAGUGGAUGUUUGACCCGAUUUCUCUCCCUCUCUCAACUGUCUAAAUAGUAUGACAGAUGAAAGAAAUCUUAACAUUUUUAGUCUAAUUUAAAGAGGUCCUGUUUAUUGUUAAAUCAUCAGUGAUUUUUAGGAUUUAUUUUGACAACAAUUUGGAUAUAUUUUGAAGAGUUAAUAUUGUGAUCUGAUGGCGUUUUCUAUUCAUCUAAAUUGAUAAAUGUGUAAAGGUGAUCUAUUAAUACAGUAGUAUGUGCUAUUUUUGAUACUUUACAAAAAAUGAAAUCAAACUGAAAGGAAUCCAAUUAUAUUUGAUGAAAAGGUCCUUGUUAUUUAUAUUAUUUGUUUAUUUAACUCAAGUGUUUAUGCUAGUCAUAUUUUACAUUUAAUGAACUAAGAGUUUAAUUUGUUUUGGUUCUGUUUCAAAAUCCAUUCUGAUUUUAUUUUUGAAUACUAAGAAUUGAUGCUAUAGGACAUUAAUUCUAAGUGAUUGCAAAAGAAAUCAGAUCAAAUUCUAAACUUCGUUUAAUUUAAUUGAAUCCAUUUUAUAAUUGCCAUUAAGAUAUUUCAUGGAUAUGUUUAUUUUUAUUAAACUUCCGUGCUUCCCACUACCUAAACUUGAAUCCAUAUUUAUUUUUGAUGUACUAUGUGUACAUGUGACAGGCCAUAAUGGUAUCAUAAUGCCUAGAAUAAUGAGACAAAAGCAUACCAUUUGAAUAGUAAUUUAUGACAAUUUUAUUUAAAAUAAGAUGGAUUUUAUGGAGCAUUAUCAUACCUGUAGCAAUCAAAAUUAUACGAUAUCUUUAGAAUUUGAUGUUUCAGAUUUGUAUUUUUGUAACAUUUGUGCAUGUACCAUGUAUAUAUAACAGUUAAUUCAUCAACAAAUAUUCAUUCAUCCUAAAUUAAAAUACUUGUAUGAUUUUAAUGUGUUUUUGUAUGAACUUAUAUUUUUUUAUAUUUUGAAACUUAUUGCCUGUUUAUUUUUCUCUGAGUAUAUAGAUAAUAACUUUUACUGGAAAAUGAAAAUAUCCCGGAUUUGGUACAGGAUACCCACAUUCUAGAUGGCCCUUGCACAAAAUAUCAAAAUUGUGAUAUUGUUCUAAUUUAUAAAAGUGAUGUGAUCACAUCUGUACGGUCUUUAUAAAACGAUUGAAUUCACUGAUUUGAUGAUGGUAUGUAGAAUGUGGUGUUGUUAUAUACUAGUAGUAGCUAAGUGGCAUAAUGUCUGAUUCACAGUAGUCAUACAGCAGACAUUACUAUAUACUGCAGAAUCAGGGGUCUUAUUAGUUUUAUUGGCUGAGAGCUACAGUCAAGAUUUUAACAUCGGCCAAUGAUGUUUUGCUAUCACAAUAUUGUAUAUUAUCAAAUACUCAUUUAUAUUAUAUACAUGACAAUACAUGUAAAAUUAUUGUUUAGGGUAUUCUAUAUUAUAUUAGAAAAUUAAUCUCAUAUCCUGUAAUGGAUAAGGUAUAAACAUAAAGGGUUCUUUAUUGUCAGUUUGAAAUCAAUUGUCACAGCAUUGAGUCCUGUCACAAUUUGCCAGCAGAAUCAGGACUUAAUCUCAGGUUUAAGCUAUGGUAAUUGGUCUAGAUCAGUGAUUCUCAACCAGUGUGCCAUGGCACACAGGUGUGCUGGAGAUCUUUCUAAGUGUACCAUGAAAGUUUGAACGGCACACUAAGAGAGUUUCUCACUAAAGAAACCAGCCAUUUGACUGAUGCUAUUUGAAACACUGCAAUAAAGUAAGUUCAUGGCUGCAUUUUUCUUUUUUUAGUUCGAGUCAUUCUAUGGGUCAAUGACUAGUCUGUCUAUGGUUGUUUGCGGUCUCUGAAUUGCAAUAUUCAGAUAUUUUUUUAUAGAUACCGGUAUUUAGCCAGGUAUGCCGCUAUUCUUUUCUUGUCUUCCAAGGUGUGCCGAUGGCGUAAAAAGGUUGAGGACCAUUGGUCUAGACUGACACCAUUUGAGGGAUUGGGAGAAUUAAGUUUCAGAACAUUCAAUCAAGAAUCUCUUUGACGUUUUUCAGUCAAUUAGUCAUAUAUCUAUGUUUUAUUAUUUGCCGUCCAAAUAUAUACCAUAUAUUGCUUGUGGUCUAGUAGUCAUAUAAAUCAUUAAUCCAUCAUUGCUUUACUGCUUAUGUCUACAUCAAAAAAACCUUUGUUGACAUAUACUGUGUAUAAGAUGACCGACUCAUUUGAAAUAUGCUUAUGAACAAAACUGUCAGCCAAUAUGAACAAAAUUGUUUUUUUCAUGAGUAAUAAAUAAUAUAAAUGUAAA